AUGUCCACCAGUACAGACGGUGCAGCAGACCCCGAGUCCACGGAUGUCGCAUCGCUGGGGCGAUUGAUCCCUGUAACACUCGCCUUGUGCACUACUCUAUUUUGUGUUUCCUUGGACUCUACGAUCAUCGCCACGGCCAUUCCCAAGAUCACCACAUACUUUGAUUCACUCGACGAUGUAGCCUGGUAUGGCAGCUCCUACUUAUUUACCACCUGUGCGAUGCAGCUCAUUUUCGGCAAAUUAUACACUUUCUACCCCUCCAAGUGGGUGUUUUUGGCCGGGCUCCUUAUUUUCGAGAUCGGAUCGCUCAUUUGCGCCGUGGCACCUACUUCCAAUGCUCUUAUUAUUGGAAGAUGCAUUGCGGGAUUGGGAGGUGCUGGGCUAUUAGCUGGAUGCUUGAUCAUUGUCGCAACAGCCGUGCCACUGCGGAUUCGUCCGAUAUAUAUGGGACUGGUCUCUAGUAUGCAUGCGGUUGCUAGUGUUGCAGGACCACUAAUGGGAGGUGCAUUGACAGAUCACUUGUCUUGGAGAUGGUGCUUCUACAUCAAUCUUCCCUUUGGUGGCCUUGCCAUGGCUUUCAUUGUCAUUUUUCUCCCCUCGAAUGCAGAAGGCAUUCAGCGUCCGGAUUGGAAAGGGCAAUUGCGACAAUUCGAUCUGCCCGGUACAAUCUUCCUGAUCCCAUCAAUCAUUUGUCUCAUAUUUGCGUUGCAGUGGGGUGGAUCGCUCUAUUCCUGGGACAGCGCUCGAAUCAUCGCCUUAUUUGUGGUUUCCGGUGUGACCUUUGUGACAUUCCUAGGAAUCCAAGUGUGGCAGAAAGACCAAGCAACAAUACCUAUCCGCUUGAUGAAGAAUCGAAACGUGUGGGGGGCUGCUUGGUAUGGAAGCUGCAUUUCGUCGACAACUUUUGUCUUCACAUACUAUCUCCCAAUAUGGUUUCAAGCUAUCAAAGACAAAUCGGCUACCAAUUCUGGUAUUGCUAAUCUUCCAAGUUUGAUUAGCAUGGUCUUAUUUGCGAUCAUUGGAGGUAUCCUCGCUUCAGUGGUUGGAUACUACACGCCCUUUCUAUUGAUAUCUUCCGUGAUAACAUCUAUUGGUGCCGGUCUACUGAGCACUUUGAAAGUCGACUCGACGAUAGGCUAUUGGUUUGGCUACCAAGUACUUAUGUGUGCUGGAGUCGGUGUCGGUGCCCAGAAUGCCGUACUUGUCGCUUCUGUUGCUGUGGCACCCGCUGAUCUAGCCAUAACCACCUCGAUUCUGACCUUUGUUCAAACAUUAUCCAGCGCCAUAUUCCUUCCUAUCGGACAGAGUAUCUUCCAGAACCAGCUGUCGGCGAACAUGAUAUCGCUUUUACCUGAUGUUGACAUCGCUUUGAUCAUGCACAGUGGUGCAACGGGAUUCCGGGACUACUUGGAGCCCAAUCAAUUGUCACUGGCUUUGCAAGCGUACAACAAGGCGCUCUGUCAAACAUUCUAUGUUGGUGUGGCAACUGCGGCACUUUCGAUUUUGGGGCCAAUCUUCAUGGAAUGGCUAUCCUUGAAACCUCAAGUCAAGAUGGAGAAGGAAGGUGAUGAAUCUUCAGAAGACAGUAUUAAUGAGGCAGUCCAGAACAAGCCCGAUGCCAAACCUACAGAAAAGGCUUAA